UCCCAUCCCCUGAGACCGCUGCCUUUAAAAGCUGCUGGGGAAGCCGGCCUGGGGUCAUCCGCUCUUGCGUGCAGCCCAGCGCCAAAGGGGACUCUGAACUCCGAACCCAGGACUCCCGGCUCCCAGUUCGGUUCAACUCUUCAACUUGCACGAGGUCGCGCCGAACUCCGGCAAGAACAGGAUCGGCACAUCAGUGAACAUCUGACCAGCUGCCUCUCUAGUCUCCAGGCUCAGGUGGGUGAGCAGAUCCACCGGCCCUACCAUGCUUGUCCUUCUCCUGGGCCUCAUGGCCGGAGCCUGCUUCUCCUUUGUGCCAGAGAAGGAGAAGAAUCCUCAGUAUUGGAGGGACCAGGCCCAGCAGACCCUCCAGCAUGCCCUCAAACUCCAGAACCUCAACACCAACGUGGCCAAGAAUGUGAUCUUGUUUCUGGGAGAUGGAAUGGGGGUGUCCACUGUCACUGCUGCCCGGAUCCUCAAAGGCCAGCUUCACCACAUGCCCGGAGAGGACUUCCAGCUCGAAAUGGACAAGUUUCCCUUCGUAGCGCUGUCCAAGACAUACAACACCAAUGCCCAGGUUCCUGACAGUGCUGGGACAGCCACGGCUUACCUCUGUGGAGUGAAGAGCAAUGAGGGAACGCUUGGUGUGAGUGCAGCAGUCGUCAGAUCACAGUGCAACACCACAAGAGGCAAUGAAGUCACCUCCAUCUUACGCUGGGCCAAGGAUUCUGGCAAAUCUGUUGGCAUUGUGACUACCACCCGAGUGAACCAUGCCACACCCAGCGCUGCCUACGCACACUCUGCUGAUAGGGAUUGGUAUUCAGACAACGAGAUGCCCCCUGAGGCCUUGGAUCAGGGCUGCAAGGACAUAGCCCACCAGCUGGUCCACAACAUCCCAGAUAUUGAGGUAAUCAUGGGUGGAGGCCGGAAAUACAUGUUUCCUAAGAAUGCAACAGAUGUGGAGUACGGGAAUGAUGAGAAGGCGAGAGGGACAAGGCUGGAUGGCCAGGUCCUCGUCAAUGUCUGGAAGGACAAGAAGCCUCCAAACAAGAAUGCCCACUAUGUCUGGAACCGCAUGCAGCUGCUAGAACUGGACUUGAACCGUGUGGACUUCCUCCUAGGACUUUUUGAGCCAAUGGAUAUGACCUAUGAACUCAACAGAAACAACCAGACAGACCCAUCACUGACCGAGAUGGUGGAGGUGGCCAUCAAGAUCCUGAGUAGGAACCCUAAAGGCUUUUUCCUGCUGGUAGAAGGGGGUCGGAUUGACCAUGGCCACCAUGAGGGAAAGGCCAAACAAGCUUUGCAUGAAGCGGUGGAGAUGGACCGGGCCAUCGGGCGUGCUGGUGCCCUGACCUCCCUGGAAGAUACCCUGACUGUGGUUACAGCAGACCACUCCCACGUAUUCACCUUUGGUGGCUACACCCCCCGAGGGAACUCCAUCUUUGGGCUUGCCCCCAUGGUGAGUGACACAGAUAAGAAACCUUUCACCUCUAUCCUCUAUGGAAAUGGGCCUGGCUACAAGGUCGUGGCUGGCGAGAGGGAGAAUGUUUCCACUGUGGACUAUGCUCAUGACAACUACCAGGCCCAGGCAGCGGUGCCCCUGCGACAUGAAACCCAUGGGGGUGAAGACGUGGCUGUGUUUGCCAAGGGUCCCAUGGCUCAUCUCCUGCACGGCGUCCAUGAGCAAAACUACAUUCCCCACGUCAUGGCCUACGCAUCCUGCAUUGGGGCCAACAAAGACCAUUGCCGAUCUCACUCAUCGGCCGGGCCGGCCCCACAACCGGCACUGUUCCCAGGCCUCCUCACCAUUUUCCUCCUGCUCAGUCUCUUAUUCUAAGGCCAGUCAUAUCCCGGCCCAGGACAGCCGGCUCACCACCCAUAGCUGGGGCCCCGGAUUCCCUUUCUGACUCUGCCCUUGAUGCUCACUGGGCCUGAAGCCUCAACCCCCAUCAUCAACCUUGUAUCUGGAGUACCUCAGGGCAAAUGUCCUGUGUCAGCGUGGGGCACAGUGGACAGGUGGGGGUAGCUAAAGGCCAUAGACCCACUGCUGCCCAUGGCUAGAGGCUGCCAUAUUCCGCUUUGACAUCCAAGACCCAAAAGGAACUUAGGGGACCCCACCAAGCCAAAGUCUGUGGCUCUGCUGCUCUCCCUCUGGGGUAUGAACUUGAAAGCAACAGGAUUUCUUAUGAGGGGGAGCAGGGAGCUAUGCAGGCCUGCUCGUCCGUCAGACAGGUCACGCACGAGGCAGUGUCUGACACUCUGGCCCCUGCUGUUUCUUUCCCAAGAAGUACCCCAGAGAAAAAGUGAACAGGACUCUGACACAUGGGUCCCCUCACCCCCAUUGUCCCCUGGGCAUGGUACAGACAUGGGGAGGUGCCCAGAGCCUCCUAUUUGGAAAGCAAAUGUCCUUCUCUUGCCCUGGAGGGUGCUGACCACAUUGUGUGUAACAGAUUCCUCACCCUUGCCCUGGGGAGGCACCUUGUCCUUCCCCCCCCCCCAUUUUUAGCCCAUGGGACACUAGAUCUCACCAGGAGGGCAGGUGGUACCUGCAGAGGGACUAGCUUAUAUUCUCUGGCAGCAUCAAGACAUGCUGGACCCCUGGGCUGGGUAUAGGGGGUAUACAUGGUUCCAAGGGAGGAGCCGGAAUCUUUCUUCCUACAGACUCCCUUUCCUCCCUCUCCUCCCCACCCCUCCCCCCCUCCCCCCACCCCAACUCUAGUUCCUCUCAUGGGUCCAGCCCUCAGCCUAAUGAAGAGCUGUUGGGAACAUCAAGAGAGAGGGGGCCAGAUGACAAAGCCUUGGGGAGGGAAGGAACAGGGAAGGGGACAGACAGACAGACAGACAUCUCUCUUCUUCCUUGUUGCUGUAUUUGCCAUUUUUAAUCUCCCACAAA